AUGGUUCUUGGUGAAAAGAGUGAUGGCCGUAUAGACAGGGAAAAAACGUGUCCCUUACUACUUCGAAUAUUCGUUAAUCAAAUUUAUCACAAUAGAAUUAAAGAUUACUCUCAUAAAUCGUUUCCUUCUAAUGAAUUAAGGGCGUAUACUUGGCUGGACGCAACUCUGCAUGAAUUGUCCGAACUCAUCAAAUCCGUCCACAUGGAUGCACAAAAAUCAGGCACUAUCUUUGAAUUUGCUAUUGUCUCUCCUGACCCAGAUAAACCAUUUUACCGAAUGCGUAAUAUUGGCAGUAUAUGCUCUGGUUUCCCUGCUGAUUCUGAUAAGAUUAUGCUUAAGGAUUGCACUUUUCGCAUUGGUGAUAUGCUCGAUGUUGCCGUUACGCCGCCUCCAAUGAAUCCACCAAUGCCUGCCAACGCCUCUGUGAAUUCCGCGAACAAAGGUCGAGUCUUUCGUCGGAACGACGAUCUCCCCAUGGCAUCAUCCCAACAAUCCUCUAGAAAAAUGGGUGGAGGUGGAGGUAGAGAUAGAUUUCAUCCCUAUAGCAAUAAUGACUCACGUCAACGACGCAAUUUCAUGUAA